AUGCGACACACCACCCUCCUCUCCGCCACAACGGCGCUCCUCGCCAGCACCAGCACCGCCCAAUCCGUCGCCUCAUCCUCCUCCAAACGCGGUCUCUGCCACGUCCCCUCCAACAAACACCCCGAAGACGACAAAAUCUGGCUCCAAGGCCCUUCCCCGCCGACAUGGUAUUACAACUACAAGCCCGAGCCUACAGCCGAAUACGCCAAAAACACCGCCAUGCAAUUCGUCCCUAUGCUCUGGGGCGCCAGUCCAGACGACAAAGGCACUCCAUUCCUUGAUUCCGUCAAACAGCAAAUUGAAAACGGCGCAAACAUCUCCUACGUCCUCGGCUUCAACGAGCCAGACGGCGGCUACGACACCGGCGGCUCCAGCCUCGCUGCCAGCCUCGCCGCUGCGCGUUGGAAAGCCGAAAUGGAGCCCUUGAAAGAAUUGGGUGUCAAGCUCGGCGCUCCUGGCGUUACCGGCGCAGAGACUGGUUGGCAGUGGCUCGAGAAUUUCUAUAAUGAGUGCAAUGGGGGCUGCAACCCGGAUUUUGUGCCUGUGCAUUGGUACGGGAAUUUCGAGGGCAUGAUGAGCCAUAUUGGGCGGGUCACGAGUAAAUGGCCCAACUUGACGGUGUGGGUGACCGAGUAUGGGUAUCCGAAUCAGCCGUUGGAGGAGGCGCAGGCAUUUUAUAAUAUGAGUGCUACGAGUUUUGAUUCUUGGCCGAACAUUACGCAUUAUUCGUACUUUGGGGCUUUUCGAUCCGAUGUAUCGAAUGUAGGAGCUAAUGCGGCCAUGUUGACGCAGGAUGGAAAGUUGACGGAUAUUGGGUCUUGGUACUUGGGUGGUCCGGCUACGAAGAAUAUUCCUAAGAAGUCUUCUGCUGCCGUUGCGGUUGGUGUGCCGGCUACAGCGUAUGCUUUUGUUGCUUCGGUGACUAUGUGGCUGUUCUGGGCUUAA